AUAAUGAUAACCAUGUUUAUGUUUAUAACAGCCAUUCAGGUGAAAGCCCGAGUGCCGGGAAGUAUAUACUCAGACCUGAGACGUGAGGGCGUCCUUAAAGAGUCCCUACUAUCCGGCGAUAAUGAUGUGAAGUAUCGGUGGGUUUCGUACGACAACUGGACUUUUGAGCGAACAUUCAAUGUCGACGAGAAGCUAUUGAGCAAACAAUAUGUGUAUUUGUUAGCCAACGGUAUCGACACUGUCAGCGAAGUUACCGUAAAUGAUCAGCUCAUAGGCCGUACUGACAAUCAGUUUAUACGGUAUAAGUGGGACGUAAAACACGUGCUAAAAGUGGGCCAAAACAGGGUUCGUGUGUCCAUACAGUCGGCGCCGUUGUAUUCAAUGCAAAAAUCUAAAGAAUACGAAACGAAAUACAAGUACAACGUUACAUGUGCCAAAACAGAUAAUAAUGAGUGCAAUUAUGAUUUCAUCCGAAAAAUGGCCGCUUCUUAUAGUUGGGAUUGGGGCCCGGCAUUCCCUACACAAGGCAUAUGGAAAUCAUUGGGUGUCGAGUCGUAUGACAAAGCAGUCAUACGAGACAUUAUGGUAGACACGAAACCAGAUCCAAAAACACGAAAUCGAUGGACACUCGCCGUUAGCGCAUAUAUAGAGACCGGAUCUCAGACAUCAUUGGAUGCUAUUAUAGACAUAACACUUGACGGCAAACCACUGGUGGCUAAACACAGCCAACGACUGACUGCCGACCCCUUGGGUGCAGUCAAAGCCGAUUUCGUGAUCACAAUCCCGGAGGACAUACCCAUCACUGCGUGGUAUCCCAACGGUGUGGCCGACAAUACACAGCAGUUAUACUCACUUCAAGUCCGGCUCUCAUUCCCCGACAGUCAGGAAGUGUCGGUUCAGACCAAACGAAUCGGUUUCCGGACUAUACGUCUGGUGCAGAGCCCGACCCCCGGCGAUGGCCUCACCUUUUACUUCGAGGUCAACGGACAGCCGGCUAACGUACUCCAGGAGGAUCUGACCGAGGCUUAUGUCCGGGAUUUGUUGGUCUCUGCGCGCGCGGCCAACAUGAAUAUGUUGCGUGUGUGGGGCGGAGGGGUGUAUGAGUCGGACGUGUUUUACGGUUUGGCCGAUGAGUUGGGAAUAAUGAUAUGGCAGGACAUGAUGUAUGCCUGCGCUGCCUAUCCCGUGAACCCGGAGUUCAUACUAUCAGCCGAUGUAGAGGUUAGUCAACAAAUUCAACGUUUACAACACCACCCGUCCAUCGCUAUCUGGUCUGGCAACAACGAGAUCGAGUGGAUAUUUCAGUUGUUAUCAGGUUAUUUUAACGAUAGACAUCGGGUUGACUACAGGGAGUUGUUUGUGAAAAACAUGCAAACACUGGUGACCGGCGCCGACACCAGUCGGCCAUUCGUGACCUCCAGUCCAUCAAACGGGUUGAGGGAUGCGAUAGAGAACUAUACGGCCAAAAAUCCCAUUGACUUUCGCUAUGGAGACGUCCAUUACUAUGACUACUCGUCCCCGCAGUGGGACUCAAAGCCUUACCCGAGGGGUAAGUUUAUCUCUGAGUUCGGCCAACUGUCCUACCCUUCACUGGACACCUGGUUGACAGCAUUGCCCGACUCUGACAUGACUUACCCGACCAGCGCUGGUGUAACGCAUAGAAAUCGAUUAGGGUUUUUCAAUGGCACCUAUGUGAUGGAGGAGCUGCCUGCAAAAUACUUCAAACUGCCGGCUCCGGGAGGUAUUGAGCGGUUCUCAGACUUGAUAUACUUGUCUCAAAUACAUCAGGCGAUGGCUAUUAGAUCACAGGUAGAGCUCUACCGACGCAACCGUGAGGUCGACCCUCAGACAGGCUUUGGUGGGACAAUGGGUGCCCUGUAUUGGCAACUGAACGACAUAUGGCCGGCGCCGACCUGGGCUUCCAUAGAGUUCGGCGGCAAAUGGAAAAUAUUGCACUUCGUCGACCCUCAGACAGGCUUUGGUGGGACAAUGGGUGCCCUGUAUUGGCAACUGAACGACAUAUGGCCGGCGCCGACCUGGGCUUCCAUAGAGUUCGGCGGCAAAUGGAAAAUAUUGCACUCAUUUGCCCGACAUUUCUACGACAACCUACUGGUGUCACCAUUUUUGGAAAAAGAUACUAUCAAGGUAUCGUUAGUUCGCGACGACUAUUACGGGAAACUAGACUUUGAUUUGUCGGUCAAAGUAUACGAUUGGUCACAGAAUCGGCCCAUUUAUGAGCACAAGUCUCGCCACUCGUCCGACAGUUUCUCCGCACAAGUUAUUUAUGAUAUAAGUUUAGCCGAAUUGUAUAGAGUGGCCAAAUGUCCCAAAACUGACUGUAAAAAUGAUUGGGUGCUGAGUGUAGAGGUGACAAACAACGAGCGCAAAUUACAAGCAAACAAUUUCCUACUCUUAUCGGAGCCCAAAAACUCGCACAUAAUUAAGCCUAAUAUCAAAGUGUUGGACGUGAAGGAGGUUAAGGGGGCCGAGGGUUCAGCCCCUGUGGGCCCGCAUUAUCUGUCAAACAGCCGAACGUUUAGUAUAAGCCUAUCGUCCGAAACGAUCGCACCGUUUGUUUCGCUGGACUUUCGGCCGAAGACUGGAAUUAGCGGUCAUUUCAUGGAAAACGGAUUCUUUAUAUUUGACGGCAAAAAGUCUGUCAUAUUUUCGACUAAAUCUAAUGUUACGGAUAAACACAUUAGAGAUAAUCUCGUCAUUAAAUCUGUAACCGAUUCGGACGUGUUUUACGGUUUGGCCGAUGAGUUGGGAAUAAUGAUAUGGCAGGACAUGAUGUAUGCCUGCGCUCCCUAUCCCGUGAACCCGGAGUUCGUAUCGUCGGCCGAAGUAGAGGUCUCGCAACAGAUCCGUCGUUUACAACACCACCCGUCCAUCGCUAUCUGGGCCGGUAAUAAUGAGAUCGAAGCAAUGCUCGUAUACCUUGGCGUCGAUCAGCGACACAACGAUGACUACCGAGAGUUGUUUGUGAAACACAUGCAAACACUGGUGACCGGCGCCGACACGAGUCGGCCAUUCGUGACCUCCAGUCCAUCAAACGGGUUGAGGGAUGCGAUAGAGAACUAUACGGCCAAAGAUCCCGACGACAACCGAUAUGGAGACGUUCAUUGGUAUGACUACACGUCCCCGCAGUGGGACUGGACUGUAUUGCACCGGGGUAAGUUUAUCUCGGAGUACGGCCAGGUGUCCUACCCAUCACUGGACACCUGGCUGUCAGCGUUGCCCGACUCGGACAUGACUUACCCGACCAGCGCCGGUGUGCGGCACCGGAAUCGAGUGGGAUUCCCGGGACUCAACAAAACGGGUACAGAGAUUAUUGAAGAUCUGACAGAAAAUUACUUCAAACUGCCGGCUCCGGGAGGCGUCGACCGGUUCGCAGACUUAAUAUAUUUGUCUCAAGUAUUGCAAGCGAUGACUAUUAAGACCGGUGUUGAGCUCUACCGACGCGAUCGUGAGGUCGACCCUCAGACAGGCUUUGGUGGGACAAUGGGUGCCCUUUCGGCGGCANGUGAGGUCGACCCUCAGACAGGCUUUGGUGGGACAAUGGGUGCCCUGUAUUGGCAACUGAACGACAUAUGGCCGGCGCCGACCUGGGCUUCCAUAGAGUUCGGCGGCAAAUGGAAAAUAUUGCACUCAUUUGCCCGACAUUUCUACCAUAACCUAUUGGUGUCACCAUAUCUGGACAAAGACACUAUCAAGGUAUCGUUAGUUCGCGACGACUAUUACGGGAAACUGAACUUUGAUUUGUCGGUCAAAGUAUACGAUUGGUCACAGAAUCGGCCCAUUUAUGAGCACAAGUCUCGCCACUCGUCCGACAGUUUUUCCGCACAAGUCAUAUAUGAUAUAAGUUUAGCCGAAUUACAUAGAGUGGCCAAAUGUCCCAAAACUGACUGUAAAAAUCAUUGGGUGCUUAGUGUAGAGGUGACAAACAACGAGCGCAAAUUACAGGCAAACAAUUUCCUACUUUUAUCGGAGCCCAAAAACUCGCACACAAUUAAGCCUAAUAUUAAAGUAUUGGACGUGAAGGAGGUUAUGGGGGCCGAGAGUUCAGCCCCUGUGGGCCCGUAUUAUCUGUCAAACAGCCGUACGUUUAGUAUAAGCCUAUCGUCCGAAACGAUCGCACCCCGUACGUUUAGUAUAAGCCUAUCGUCCGAAACGAUCGCACCGUUUGUUUCGCUGGACUUUCGGCCGAAGACUGGAAUUAGCGGUCAUUUCAUGGAAAACGGAUUCUUUAUAUUUGACGGCAAAAAGUCUGUCAUAUUUUCCACUGAAUCUAAUGUUACGGAUAAACACAUUAGAGAUAAUCUUCUCAUUAAAUCCGUAACCGAUGUUAUUGUUUAG